UUUAGAACUUGGAAGGACGCAAGGAUCUGUACGAGGGGUCAUGAUGGAGCACCGGCCGACCCUCACAUCACCGGAUGGAUCCAGUAAUGGGAACCCACCAGAGAGAUGUCCCUGUCCUCUGUAUUCCCGGGAUGCCACACAGGAACAUCAGGAGAUCCCUCAGGACAAUCAGGUAGAUGGAUCCAGUAAUGGGAACCCACCAGAGAGAUGUCCCCGUCCUCUGUAUUCCCGGGACGUCACACAGGAACAUCAGGAGAUCCCUCAGGAAAAUCAGGUAGAUGGAUCCAGUAAUGGGAACCCACCAGAGAGAUGUCCCCGUCCUCUGAACAUCAGGAGAUCCCUCAGGAAAAUCAGGUAGAUGGAUCCAGUAAUGGGAACCCACCAGAGAGAUGUCCCCGUCCUCUGUAUUCCCAGGACGCCACACAGGAACAUCAGGAGGAUCAGGUAGGA